AUGCAAAACAAGUUGCCAAUUUCACGACAGAAUGACAACCGGCUUCAUCGCUCGACUCCAUCGACCGAAGUGACCGGGAUUCGCGUCUUGGGUCGCCGGUACGGCCAGGAGCUGCAUUUUGUAGACUCUGAUAGAUUCUGGAACCCACUAAUUUACAUUGACAAUAUCCUGACCGAGACGAAGGAGGCACAAUGGUUGAUGGCCCAGCGAGAUGAAAAUGAUGAGGUCUACCUGAUCGAGAGACAUCGUGUGAAAGGCGUCUUCCUGGAGACUCUGGAACUAAACGAUUUUCCCUUGGAUGUGCAAACACUGCCGUCUUUUUUUUUGGCGCUCCCUACGAAACUUUUCUUCACACCCCUUCACACCGAGAUUUCAAAUGAGUCAUCAAAACCCAACGUCUCUUCAGGUAUACCAUUUUGCAGACGAAGACUCGGUUGGUAUGCCGCAAAUUUCGACCGUCCAGACGACGAAUUGCCCAUGCACAUGUCCACUCGACAAAUUGUCAUCUUUGUUCAAUUUCUGGAGAAGUAG